CUCUGACGAAGAGAAGAACUAAGUAGGAUAACUCUCAACUGCAUUACUUUGACAAGCCAGCGCGACUGGAGAGGCUCGUGUAUAGACUUGAAUUCUUCUGUUAGUGAAUUCGACAUUAAUUGGAUCUACAUUCUUUUAAAAUAUUCAUGCCACCGUGAAAAUGUAUGUACACACUUCUAAUUAUAUCCCAAGACAGCUACGAAAUAUACCAAUGUUUUACUGAAAGGAAAUCAGAAUUUUAUGGAAAUAUUCUAUUAAGUGGAUAUCGCCUGAAGCACAGACAUUUUGGGUUUUUAUUUGAAAUCCUUUCUAUUUGAAUAUCAGAUUUCGGUAGAGAUAUAUUUUGCAGAUAUCUGAGGAAUUUUUUAAUAUUUCUACUUUGAUAUUUGUUGUUUUUGAUUCUCAGAAUAUAGAAAUUUUCAUUGAAAACAAAUACUUUAAGUUUUCUUUUUGUAUUUGUUUACUAAUCUCUAACUGUGAUGCUUUCGGAUUUUAUAAAUAUAUAAUUGUUUCUAAUCGACUAGUCCAUAUAAUCUAGCAUGAAUUUCUCUGAAUUAUAUCGCCAGUCAAAUCAACUGUGCGAAUUUUCACCGAACGGUGAAUUCUUGGCUAUUGGUAGCCAUUACAAAUUAAUUAUUCGCAAUGUUAUCACUUCACAAAUUGAGCAUCUUUUCACUUGCAUGGAUUUUAUUCAAUACAUAGAAUGGUCCCGAGAUUCGAGUUUGAUUCUCUGUGGUAUGUUUAAACGAGGUCUUGUGCAGGUAUGGUCCCUGAAAUAUCUAGACUGGUCGUGCAAAAUAGAUGAAGGAUCUGCUGGACUUCGAAAUGUUCACUGGGGUCCUGAUGGACUUCACAUCUUAACAACUGCUGACUUCAAUCUUCGUAUAACUGUUUGGUCGCUUACCAACAAGAGUAUAUCAUAUAUACGGUACCCCAAACAGUGCGAAAAGGGGUACGACUACAGUCAAGAUGGCCUGUUCAUGGCGCUGGCAGAACGCCGCGAUUGCAGUGAUUUUAUAAGUAUUUUUGCUUGCAAAUCUUGGGAAUUAAUUAAACACUUUUCUUGUGCUACCGAUGACCUCAGUGGUUUGAAAUGGUCACCUAGUGCCAGAAUUUUAGCUGUUUGGGACUCUUUACUCAUGUACAAAAUUUUAAUUUAUUCUGCUGAUGGUUAUCUUCUUCGAAAAUAUUCCCCCUAUGAACAUGCUUUGGGUAUAAAAUGUGUAUCUUGGUCGCCAACAGGACAGUUUCUUGCUAUCGGAAGCUUUGACGAAAAAGUUCGCUUGUUGAAUAAUAUUUCGUGGAAGACAUCGAUGGAGAAGGGUCACCCAUUGGUGGUAAAACCAGAUAAAGUAACGAUAUAUAAAGAAGAAGUUAGUAUGGGCCCUUUACCGACAUCUUUUGAGGAAAUAUCAAGUGCUAUGGUGGCACUAUGUUCUAAAGAAAGUAAGUAUCAUAUUGUGAAAGAAGCAUUAGAAAUUCCCAGCAUCAAACCUUCUUUGACCAAGGCUAACCCUGAACUUGGAGUUAGCCAGGUUGAAUUCAGCUGCAAUUCUCGUUAUUUCUACACCAAGAAUGACAAUAUGCCCUGUGUUUUAUGGAUAUGGGAUGUCAAAAACCUCUGUUUGUCUCACAUUCUCGUUCAUUUAUCGCCUAUUAAACAUGUUCGUUGGGAUCCAACCUCCGUACGAUUGGCUCUUUCUACAGGGAACAAGCAGUUAUAUAUGUGGACUCCAUCGGGUUGUUUGAGUGCAGAGAUCCCCAUAGAUGCCAUGUUUCAAGUGAACACCCUAAAAUGGCAUCCUGACGGUAGUGCUUUAGUUUUAAUUGGUAAAGAAAAGACGUGCAUUUCUUAUUUAACGGGAGAACAAACGGAUGAUCAAUGACAACCAGUAAAGCAUAUCAGCUAGCUUUUGUAAUUUUUUUUUUUUACAUUCGCUUCAUAUGCAAUAUAACCAAAA